CCACACUCCGCCCCCCACAGCCCUGGUCCCCACCCCUAGAAGACAGCGGAACUGAGAAAAGAAGAGGCUUGUGGACAGAAAAGCCAUGUCCGACUCCCUGGUGGUGUGCGAGGUGGACCCCGAGCUAAAGGAAAAGCUGAGGAAAUUCCGCUUCCGGAAAGAGACCGACAAUGCAGCCAUAAUCAUGAAGGUGGACAAGGACCGGCAGAUGGUGGUGCUGGAGGAGGAAUUCCAGAACAUCUCUCCAGAGGAACUAAAAAUGGAGUUGCCGGAAAGACAGCCCAGGUUUGUGGUUUACAGCUACAAGUACGUGCACGAGGACGGCCGCGUGUCCUACCCCUUGUGUUUCAUCUUCUCCAGCCCCGUGGGCUGCAAGCCCGAACAACAGAUGAUGUAUGCAGGGAGUAAAAACAGGCUGGUGCAGACGGCAGAGCUCACAAAGGUGUUUGAAAUCCGCACCACUGAUGACCUCACCGAGGCCUGGCUCCAAGAGAAGCUGUCUUUCUUUCGUUGACCUCUGGGCUAAGGACCUGAAUUCGUGAUGUCUGAGUUGGGAACUCAGACCCCUAGGACCUCAACAUCCCAGACCGUGAAGAAAUUAAAAUGCAAGAACUCAGAGA